AGAAGUACUUUUUACUUUUAAUUAAUCAUGGUAAUAUCAGAUGUAUUAAAUUACAUAAUUAUACCAAAUCCAUUUAGUGCAAGCGUUGGUUCAAUUGUCAAAGCAGCCGGAUCAGCUGCAGCUGGUUAUUGCAGGCUUGAUUCGAAACUUGGAUUAGAAAUGAUUCCUCCAGAACCUCUUUGGAAACUUGCUGCAUGUUGUGGACCUUAUAUUCGUCUUGCGGGACUCUUCGGAGCCUCUGCUGUCAUUAUUGGUGCCUAUGGAAGCCACAAAAAAUUCAAGAAUCCAGAGCUGAAACUGAUUUUUGAGACAGCAAAUAAAUAUCAUAUGUAUCAUUCAUUAGCAAUAUUUGGUCUUGUUUUUUCAAAAGUCCCUAGAUUGACAGCAGCUUUCUGGAUUGGAGGAUCAAUAAUGUUUUGUGGAAGUUGCUAUUAUUAUGCAUUUAAUGACGACAAACAAUUCUCACGCGUGACACCAUUUGGAGGUAUGUGUUUUAUUGCCGGUUGGCUGACACUAUGCUUAUAAAGAAAACUAUCCAGUGCGAACUUCAAGGAUCUUCAAAGGGAAAAAUGUAGUCUUUUUUACAUUAGAAAAAGUAUCCGUGUCUGCCCUGAAAAAAUUGGAGAUUUUAUUCUUUAUAGGUCCAUAAAAUUUUAUCGAUACAACACUCGAUUACAUUGUAGAAUAAUUGAUCUUUUUUCGCUGACUCUAUUAAAUUUAUGUGUAUGUCUUUAUUCAUUAAUGAUAAUCAAAAAAAUUUGCAUUCUAUAAAAAAUUUGGAACUAUCUAUAUGAUACUGUAAUACCGCCGUAUGCCUCUUGUCGCCACCGUUUUACGUGACUGACCUACCCCUAUGCGGCAGCUGUGUUCGAUGGUCGUCUCGGCUCAGUUCCGUCUCACUUACGGCUCACUUAUGGCGCUAGCGACGUACGGUUGUUUGAAGAACUACAAAGGCACAAAAUCUCAAUACAGGUGCCUAUCUAUAUCAUUACUGUAUCAAUGCCCCCAUAAAUAUUGUUGAUUGACGAAAUGACGAUUGUUGUUGUUGUUCGUUGUCGUUUCAAAAUUUAUUAUUAUUUAUUAAAACUUUAAUUUUGUAAUAACAA